UCCAUUCUGAUAUAGUUACGCUUGACCCGGUUGCCUUACAAUGAGUUUGAUGGGAGAAAUGGUUGGUAUCUCUGAAGCUACAGCUAACUUAUCUAAUGACUCACCUCAGAAUUCAUUCUCUGCUAAUAUUCCACCUGGAUAUUCUCUACCACAUACAAUCUUGAUUGCUAUACUUGUCAGCAUAUUUAUGAUAAUAAUCGUUUUUGGAAACUUACUUGUAGUUGUUGCCAUUGCAACAGAUAGACAACUGAAGACAAUUCAGAACUGGUUCAUAGCAUCAUUAGCAGUUGCUGAUUUAUCACUUGGCUUGGUAAUCAUGCCGUUUUCUCUGGCAAAUGAACUCAUGCGGUAUUGGUAUUUUGGACCAGUUUGGUGUGACCUGUGGAAAGCUAUUGAUGUGUUGUUGUGUACUGCUUCGAUUCUAAGUAUAUGCUUAAUAAGUUUAGAUAGGUACUGGUCUAUUACACGCGCCCUCCAGUAUUCCAGACAAAGAACACCAAAGAGGGCAGCUUUAAUGAUAACUGCCGUCUGGGUGUUGUCGGCAAUAGUAUGUGUGCCACCAUUGAUAGGGUGGAAAAAUCCACUUCCAGCCUCUGAAUAUCCGCUGUGCUUACUGAGUUCUGAAAUAGGAUAUGUUAUAUCAUCAUGUAUGGGUUCGUUUUAUAUUCCAGCAGUGAUUAUGGUCUUUGUUUACUUUAAAAUUUACCAAGCUGCAAAGCAACGAGCUCGACGUGGGCGUAGGAAUAAAACUGCAAGAAAGGAUGAUCAGAAUGCAAAACGGAGCGAUAAGUCAAAAUUGAAUGACACGCCUUUGAAAGAAAAUACGCUAUAUUGCGAAGAAUCUGAAAGAAGAUCUGUACCUUCAGAAGACGAGAGCACGUGGCCUGUAUAUCGCAAACAGUUGCAGCUUUCCAACAACACAUCAAGUGUUAGUGUUGGAGUUGUUGAAGAAAAAGAUAGCUUUCUCUCAUCAUCAAGUGCCUAUGAUGAAGAUGAAUCACAGGAAAAAAGAAAACACUGCACAAUAGGGACAUAUAAUACUCCAGUUGUAAAAAACUCCAUCAGCGAAAUUCCAGAUUUAUAUAACAUUGAAAAACAAAAGCGGAAAUUGUCUAAAGCUCGUGAAAGGCGAGCUACAAUUGUACUCGGUCUUGUUAUGGCUGCGUUCAUAUUUUGUUGGUUUCCUUUUUUCAUUAUAUAUAUUGUGACAUCCCUGUGUGAUUUUUGUAUACCGGAAAUUAUAUUUACGAUAGCUUUUUGGGCAGGAUAUUGUAACUCGGCGUUGAAUCCAAUUAUCUACACCAUAUUUAAUCAAGACUUCAGGAAAUCUUUUCGUAAAAUAAUUUUUAGAAAAGCUCUGUUUAAAAGGUAAAAUUACAAAUAAGUUGUAUCGUAAAUCAGUUCGGAAAUAUCAAUCUUGCUUUCGGAAAUAUAAAUUAUGGUAAGUAAAUGUCGAUGUUUUAUGUACAUUUCUUGACUGAUCAAUUUCAAUCAACCUUUGUUCCGCCUGUUUAAUUAUAUUGUC